UUCAUCCCAUUCUACAGUUCUAUGUCUCUUCCUAGUUCUCAACAAUGGAGUUGGACUCAGCUCUGAAUGUAAUCGAUUCAUCCAUUUCUCAAAUCAAAUGGAGAUUAAAACCUGCACCAAGACGCAGAUUACACACAGAUAUCCUGGCAUUAUGCACAGGAAUGCGGCCGGUAGUGAUGGUGGAUUAUGGUGGAAAGUUGCCAGAAUUACAAGAACGUCUAUGUUCUGUUCUACAACUUAGUCAAAAGGAAUCAUCUGUUUUAAGGAGUCUGAGAGUGAUGGUUAUAGACGACAUGAUUUAUUUGAUACAUGUCAAAGAGCUUGCUGAGUACGUAAAAUCAAGCUUGAAUGUGGAUAUAGAAUUGCACUUUGUGGACCUUGAACAAGAUCCUCCAAAGUUUCAGGAUGUGAAUCAGACUCUGUUUCAAAUGAUAGCACAAUCAGAACACAAUUCAAAUGCUAAAGAACUUGUAUCAGUUCAAAGAUUCUUCUCCACAGUGUUUCCUGUUGAUGGAAUGGACAAAGAGCUCUUUCCUCCUCCCACGAUGGACCAUGUGGUUAACAAUAAAUCUAUUGUUGGUGAGAUCAGCACGUCUCAGUCUUCUUCUGAAGUUAUUGAUCUUAGUUGCUGCAUGCAGGAUUGUCAAGUCACCAUUCCGACUCUUAAUGGAUGGCUUCUUGGUUAUCCGGUGGUUUACUUGUUUGGAAGGGACCACAUACCUGAUUCUAUUUACAAUCUAUCCACCAAGUCUCUCCAGCUCUUCCAGAUUUCGAUACACAGAAGUGGUGGUACAUCUACUAGUGGACCUCGACAAGAGGAAUUAAUGAGUUUCUCAGUACCUUACAGUCUAAGCAUGGAAGGGCAGAAUGAAGUUUGGGCAGAGGCAUUUCUAGCUCGCUUGCUGGCAAAACUGGAAACAUGCAAGCAUGUUUGGGCAUCUUUGAAGAUGGAGGUCAGUCAAUGCUACCCGCAAGCAAUUGUAUUGUAGUAGCAGUAAUAGUUGUAGCAGUGAUGAGUAAUGUUUAUACCUUUUUACUUGAUUAAACUUCAUGAUAUGUCUUUGUUAAAAGUGGCGAAGUAGGAAAUACGAAAAACUGCUUAUAUUUGGUAUAGGAAUUUCCCUUUAAAUCAAAUGAAAAAUAUAUCAAUCGAUUUAGUUGAACGUGCGGUGUUUUUCAAGCUGCGCUGAAAAGCUUUAGAACUUCUUGUUCAUUUGAUUGAGCAGGAAUUGCUCCUUUCUUUGUUGUAGUAAUGCAUUUGCAAACUUAAGUGUUUC